AUGCUUGAAUCGAGUUUGUGGCUCGUGGUUCUCCAUCCCUACGCUCGGAGCACGGGUUCAUUAUUCAGAGCCUCUCCGCCGUCUCAUGUUCAUCGGAAUGCUCUCUGUCUCUGGAGUAACUUAGGCUUUCCCGCGAUGGUGGCGAAAGAUCGUCUUGCUUCCUUUGAAUUCGCGCUGGCAAAGGAGGACGUGAUGAGGUUGGAGAACAUCAGAAGCCACCAAAAAUUUCAUUCCAUUCUUUCGCCUGAGAUCCUUCGUACGACCGGCGCGGCUGGGACAUUCAUCAGGCUUGCCGGCCGCAAGCUUUUCCAGCACACCAUCCCUUUAAUCUCCUCCUCUCUACAGCAAGUGGUCGCUGCGUCGCCGCCAAGCUCCCAUCCAGAGUCUUUUUGCUUUUCUCGGACUGAGAAGAGCGUGACGAUUUUAUACUGUCGGCGAUACUGGUUGCUCAGAAGCCGCGCUGAAGCGGAGUCAAGUCAUACCGGCGCUAUACCAUUGUAUAACGGAGAGAUGGGAAGCUUGAGAGCAAGAGUCAAACAGUGGUACGCGUUUGUUUCUGUAUGCAACGAUGCCCUCAAACUUUCCAGAAUGCCAUGGUUUGGGGAUGAACAGCCUAGUCUGCCAUCGAACGAUCCAUCAUUGGCAAUAAUGAAGCCUCUCAACCUCAAGGAAACCCAAUGCGAAACCCUCUGGGAUCGAAGCGAUCUGGGUCUUGGACCUUGGCAUUCAAGGCAUUGGCUUUUCUGUAACGCGAUUCUGCAUCUCGCCAUUCAGCUCUCGUGCCCUCCGGAAGAAAGUGUCCGCUGCAUGUGUGGCUCUCGUUCUCUCGCAAAAGACACCGCGGUCGCUGGCACUGAAAUCCAACUUUUUAUUGCUUCGUCCCAGCUUAGAGACGUUCAGACGGGCAGCAUCCAGCUUCUUGGCCGACUCAUUUGCAUAGUCACCACUAUGGACGCAAUCAGCGUACAGGUUCAGCGUGAUGGUAAUAAUGAUAUGCGUAUAUGUGUCUUCUCUCUCAUGCAAAGUGGUAUCAUGAUCAUCGAAGAGGAGGAAAAAGAGAUAUCCUAG